CGCACGCGCACUGGCAGGCUUGUUUGGCCAUCUCCGGGCGGGCUGGAACCCCAGCGGGCAGGUGUCACCGGAGCUGGCCGCGCGCCACCUUGUGGGGUUCGCAACUAUGGCGAGCCAGGGCGUGGGGUCUGAACAGGAGCCGCUCUUAGGGGACCACACAUCCGGAAGCAGAGAAUGGGACAUUAUAGAAACUGAAGAGCAUUAUAAGAGCCGAUGGAGAUCUAUUAGGAUUCUGUAUCUUACUAUGUUUCUCAGCAGUAUAGGGUUUUCUAUUGUGAUAAUGUCAAUAUGGCCAUAUCUCCAAAAGAUUGAUCAGACAGCUGAUGCAAGUUUUUUGGGCUGGGUUAUUGCUUCAUUUAGUAUUGGCCAAAUGGUGGCCUCACCUUUAUUUGGUUUAUGGUCUAACCAUAGGCCACGAAAAGAACCUCUCGUCGUCUCCAUCUUUAUUUCGGUGGCUGCCAACUGCCUCUAUGCAUAUGUCCAUGUUCCGGCUUCUCAUAAUAAGUAUUACAUGUUGGCUGCUCGUGGAUUGGUGGGGUUUGGAGCAGGAAAUGUUGCAGUUGUUAGAUCAUAUAUUGCUGGUGCUACUUCCCUUCAGGAAAGAACAAGUUCUAUGGCCAAUACAAGCACAUGUCAAGCAUUAGGGUUUAUUCUAGGUCCAGUAUUUCAGACUUGUUUUGCACUCAUUGGAGAAAAGGGCGUGACGUGGGAUGUGAUUAAGCUGCAGGUAAACAUGUAUACAGCACCAGUUUUACUUAGCGCCUCUGGAGUUGUAAACAUCAUUCUGAUCAUCACUGUAUUAAGAGAACACCGAGUAGAAGACUCAGGACGACAGUGUAAAAAUAUUAAUUUUGAAGAAGCAAGAACAGAUGAAUUUCAGGUUUCCCAAGGAAAUAUCGAUCACGUUGCUGUUGUGGCCACCAAUAUUCUCUUUUUUGUGAUUUUAUUUAUAUUUGCCCUUUUCGAAACAAUACUUACUCCACUGACAAUGGAUAUGUAUGCCUGGACUCAAGAACAAGCUGUGUUGUACAAUGGAAUAAUACUUGCUGCUCUUGGAGUGGAGGCAGUUGUUAUUUUCAUGGGGGUUAAAUUACUUUCCAAAAAGGUUGGCGAGCGAGCUCUUCUCCUGGGCGGACUCAUCGUUGUGUGGGUUGGCUUCUUCAUCUUGUUACCUUGGGGAAGUCAGUUCCCCAAAAUACAGUGGGAAGCCCUACAUAAUAAUUCAAUCCCUAAUACCACAUUUGGGGAGAUUGUGGUUGGUUUUUGGAAGUCUGCAAAAGAAGAUCAUAAUGAUGGGCCAGUUGGUUGCCCAAUUGAGCAAGCCUGGUGCCUCUACACCCCGGUGAUCCAUCUGGCUCAGCUCCUCACAGCAGGUGUGCUGAUUGGAAUAGGCUAUCCGGCCUGUAAUGUCAUGUCUUAUACAUUAUAUUCAAAAAUUCUAGGACCAAAACCUCAGGGCGUGUACAUGGGCUGGUUGACAGCCUCUGGAAGUGGUGCCCGGAUUCUUGGGCCCGUGUUCAUCAGCCACGUGUACACUUACUUGGGGCCGCGAUGGGCGUUCAGCCUUGUGUGUGGAAUGGUGGUGCUCGCCAUCACGCUCCUGGGAGCGGUUUACAAGAGACUCAUUCCCUUUUCUGUAAGGUGUGAGAGGAGUCAAGGCGAAAGCAGUUCGACUGUGGUGGAGCAUACUUGAUUUGCGUGGUGAUUCCUAGUUGAAGGCUAUGCCACACAAUCGCCAUGAACCAGUCUCCAGAUAUAAGCUGUGGAUACACUGCCCAUUUUGAAAAGCAAGAACAUGUGACUUGACUAACAGAGGGGAUUCUACAUGUAAUUGUGAAUUGUAGGAGAUAGAAAACAUUCUGGGUCAUGAUUUCCGUAUCUCAAAACCAAAAUGAAAUAUUCUUACGAUGCCCUUUGGGGUUUCAUGAACUAGACAGUGAGUGGCAGUGGUCUGUAAGGGUGAGACUACUGAAUACAGACUCCAAAGGUGUCAUUAGAUAAUGAGAAUAUCUGCAGGAGAACCGGAGAGUUCGUGUGAAUCAGCUGUAUUACAGAAUGAAGUCAUAGAAAUUUUAUGCCUAAAGAGAUAUUUUAAUUAAAAGACAGUAACUUGGGCUGGGGUUGUGGCUCAGUAGUGGAGCGCUUGCCUAGCAUGUGUGAGGCACUGGGUUCGAGUCUCAGCACCACAUAUAAAUAAAUGAAUAAGAGGUCAAUCAACAGCUAAAAAGAAAUUUUUAAAAAUGACAACUACUUUUUAUUUAUAAAAACAUUUUCUUUUCUUACAUUUCCUUACAAAAUAAAAAUCAUGACGCUUAAGUUCUCCAUUUAGCAUGCCUGCCA